AUGCGCGUUCACGUGUGCCGGUUGUUUUGGUUUGGUGAGUGUGAUGAAGUCCUCUCUGUCUCAGACUCUGUGCGGCUGGUUGGAGGCUCUGGUCUCUGCUCCGGAUCAUUGCAGAUAUGGGACCGGUCCUGGAUCUCAGUCUGUGAAGGGGCCUUGGACCUGCGGGGAGCAGAGGUGCUUUGCAGGGAGCUGGGCUGCAAUGCUCCUUCUGUCCUCCAGGGGGAGCUCUCUCCGCUGGGGACGACAUUCCACUGUGAGGGCCAUGAGUCUGCUCUGAUGGACUGUCCCCGGUCCAGACCCAAGAUCUGUUCCUCUGGACCCCAUGAGGGCGUCAUCUGCUCAGAGCCGCUCAGGCUGGUGGAAGGGGCCAGUCGCUGUGUCGGGACACUGGAGCUCAGACACAGAGGAGAGUGGAGACGAGUGACGUUUGAUAGAAGAGGCUGGACCGAGGAGGACUCAGCUGCUGUGUGCAGAGACCUGGACUGUGGAUCUGCUGUUUCUGGACCUCAGAAAGAUGGUUUUCCAGUCACGACUGUGUGGGUGAUCUCACCUGUCUGCAUAAGGAGGAGGAAGUCUAAAGUGAGAGAAUGUGUUCUCGGCCAGCCUUUCCCUUCCCGUUAUGGUGUGAAGUUGAUGUGUUCAGACUUACUGAACCGUCCAGUCCUGUCCCUUUAUGUGACUGUGGGGGUCUCCCAGGUCCAGGUCUCCCAGGUCCAGGACUCCCAGAUCCAGGACUCCCAGAUCCAGGUCUCCCAGGUCCAGGUCUCCCAGGUCGGGGUGCAGGUGGUGCGUGUGCAGUUGGGGUCUCAGUUCUUGGUCCAGUGCUCGGUGAAGCCUCAGUUCCCAGGAGGCUCCUUCCAGCUGCUCUCUCCCUCUGGGAGCCACACCCUGCCUGCUGUCAAUCACUCUGCACACUUCCUGUUCAAUCACACUGGCCGUGCCCACAAAGGAGACUACACCUGUGUUUACCACCUACAGGUGUUCAACCACAGCUUCACCUCCAAGAGUGAGAGACUGGAGCUGAGGCUGGGAGGUACCUGA